AUGGAAUCAAAGAGAACCAUGCAGCCUCCCAAGAAUCCUGGACGUUCAUUUGAUACUCGAUACAACGGUAUCUUCAAGAAGACUACUGAGCUUUGCGAUAUGUUUCCAGACACCCGCGUCCUUAUCGUAAUCAACAAGCCAGGCUCCCAGCCUCUCGUAUUCUCGUCAGAGCAGCACGAAUUGAGCUGGCCUACUGCCAUCGAAGAAUACAUCCGCACGAGCGAAGCGAUAGUUAAACGCCCUGCCCAUUAUCAAAGUCUUAGCGAAGGUAUCUCUAAAGGGAGAGCUACGCUGGUACGGUCAUCUCUAUCGCCUUCGCCACCGGAACGAUGGGAUACGGCAAAGAAAAGGACCCUAGAUUGGGUGGAUGCAUGCGAGGACGAUAGUACUCUGGAUGAGUCCAUCUCUAUAGGUCGUCCGUUGUCCCCUUCAACAUCUCCGCUUCCUGCAUCCAAACAAAGACGGGUCUCCAAUUACACCUCGCCACGAUCUCAGCCUACUAGAGAUUUCCCAACGUUUGUACUCCCAUCAGAAUCGAGGCCUGCCAUGUCUGAGCGGGCUGACAUGUCGACGUAUGAUGGAAUGUGA